GUGGAAGAUGUUGCAAAAUAACAAGAAUGUAUUAAAAUGGAUAUUCCAGAGUGAGGUGCAAUAUAGGCAGACUACUGAAAAAGCAUUGACUUGAGAUGGAGACCACAUCACCCCACCUGAACUGGUUAAUCAUCCGCAACAACAACUCUUUUCUCCUGAAAAAGCGGGAUGUGAAAAAACCUUUCAGCACGGAAGCCAACAAUUUAACCAAUGUAAGCUCCUACCGCUACAGUGGUUUGGUUCACAAGAAGACAGUUGGUGUUGUACCUGCUGCUGACAAGAAAGGAUUUUCUGUUGUAUUGAAAAAGAGCAAAAAUGCUCACCGCCCUGCAAAGAACACAUCUAGUGUAACAUUUAAGGCUGGUCCAAGAAGAUCGCUGAAAAAGCUAAAGAAUCUUCUGACUGGUAUUAAAUACCGCAAAGAUCUGACACAGGCUGCUCUGCGUCGCGCCUCUGCUGUACUAGCAUCACAAAAGGCAGCGCCCAUCAAAAAUGUAAAGAAAGCUGAAAAAAUUUAAAGAUUAGAACAUGCUAAUUGAAUUUUUGGUUAGAAAUGAUGAAUUAAUAAAUCUUGGAAAAUACAAUCUUUAA